AGUUCGGGCCUCGGUCCUGAGCAGGGCCGGGUGGGCCUCGGCGGUCCCGGCGCUCCCUCCCCUCCCUCCCCUCCCUCCCCUCGGCCCCCCUCUCCGUGGCGACGGUGGGCGGGGCGCCCGGAGGCACCGCGUUCCCUUCCUGGCCUUGGGGACAGAGGGCACCGGGCUGGGGCGCGGUGCCCUCCCUCUGAGGUCUGCGGGUCCUGAUCCCUGAGGGUCCCCCACGUCCCCGCGUGGACUUCCAGGUGCAGGUGGGACUCUGCCGCGUCACCUCGGGCCCACCAUGGAGACGGCGGAAGAAGAUCCCUCGUCGGCCGCCGUGCUGCUGGACCACGCCAGCUUCUCGCAGGUCGUCUUCAACAGUGUGGACAAGUUCUACGUCCCCGGAGGGGACGUCACUUGUUACUACAUCUUCACCCAGCAGUUCACCCCGCGUCGAAAGGACUGGAUUGGCAUCUUCAGGGUGGGCUGGAAGACGACCCGGGAGUACUACACCUUCAUGUGGGUGCCUCUGCCCGGUGACUCAAGCACCGAUGCAGCCAAGCAGCAGGAGGUCCAGUUUAAAGCUUAUUACCUGCCCAAGGACGAUGAGUAUUACCAGUUCUGCUACGUGGAUCAGGACGGCGUGGUCCGGGGAGCAAGCGUUCCUUUCCAGUUCCGUCCAGAGAGUGAAGAGGACAUCCUGGUUGUCACCACCAAGGUGAAGGUGGAAGAGACUGAGCAGCGCAACAAGGAGCUGCGCCAGGAAAACCAGGAGCUGAAGGCCCGCUGUGCCCGCCUGGAGGAGCAGGACUCGGCAGCGCAGGCCGAGCUGCAGAGGAAGCAGGAGGAACUGGAAACUCUACAGAGCAUCAUUAAGAAGCUGGAGCGGGAAGCGGAAGAGCAGAAGGGCCGCUGGGAUAGCGAGCGGCUUCAACUGAAAGAGCAGGACCAGAAGAUGCGCUCCGAAAAUGAGCGGCUGGGAACCAGAGUGACGGAGCUGCAGUCCCAGCUGUUAAAUCAAGAGAAAGAAAUGGAGGAGCUGGUCCGGGGAGACCAGGAAAAGACGGAACAGUUGCAGCAUCUGAGAAAUGGAAAUGACCAGCUCUGCCUCAGUUUAACCGAACAGAGGGAGCAGCAGAAGAAGCUCGAGCAGACGGUGGAGGAGAUGCAGCUGAGAGAAGCCGCUGCGGUGAAGACGCAGGCCGACCUAAUGGAGCCCAGGAGGGACGAGGCCACGGUGGAGGCGCAGUUAGUGCGAGAGGUGGCGCGGCUGAACGCCCAGGUAGAGGCGGGCAAAGCCUGCUUCUUAGAGAAGUACAAGGAGUGCCGCCGGCUGCACAGACAGAUCAGGCAGCUGCGGGCCGCCGCGCGGGACGAGAACUUAGACCUGUCCAGACGCCUAGGUGAGAACAAGCUUCUGUGUGAUUGUCUGCGGGGAGAGAAGGAGCAGAUGGAAAGAGAAAACGAUCUCCUGAGGAAGGAGAACAGCAGGUUGCUGAGUUACAUGGGUCUGGACUUCGACCCUCGGCCGGAUCCAGCACCUGCUUCGGAGCAGCCAGGCUCGAGACAGAAGCCGAGCCUCGUCUACGGAAACCCGUACUCCGGUGUCCAAGAAAGUUCCGCCUCUGGCCUGCCCUCCGCCGAGAAAUGCCUGACGUGCCCGAUCUGUGACAGGGUCUUCCCGGCCACCGAGAAGCAGGUCUUCGAAGACCACAUGUACUGCCACUCCCUCUAGCGCCCGCCGUCAUGUGCCGCGCACCCGAGCCGCAGGGUGGGUCAAAAGUCCCACGGCCACAGUGCCCGUUUUUCCUCAGGACUCGGGCAUGGGCACCGAGUGUCCCUCUCCCAGGGUGUCCUCUGCCAGCCACGGUCGGGCCUGAGUGUGAGUAGUAGGCUCCGGCCCGGCCCUGGCGGGAGGCACCAGCCUCUGAGAUUUCCUCCUCCUCGGCCUCCCCUCCCGCCGAGCCCAGGAGGCCCCGCCGCGGCCGGGACACCCAGCUUGAAUACCAAAGAUUUCUCCUUCAUCGCGUGUCUUCUUCCCGACCCCUGACGGGAAUGCCUCCUCACAGAGCCCUGUGCCCCUCGGCUCUCCGUUCAGGGAACUGUGCCGUGCCCGCCACGGCUGGGUCUUAGCGUUAAGAGUUGAGACGCUUUGAUGGGUUUGCAGCUUGCGGAACGGGUCAGCUGGGGUGGGGAUGCAGAGUAAUGGAGCAGAUUGUUCAUCUAACACAAAAAUAAAUAAACACUCUUUCAGGGACUUAAGUAACAA